AUGUCUUCAAGCAAAGUCGACUCCAAAGGUGAAAUCACCGAUGUCAAGGAGGAUCACCAUGCCGAACUAUUGGAGCGGUCCAAGAUCGCCACCCACAAUGAGCACUCAUUGGGAGUCAUCGAAGCUGUCAAACUUUACCCCAUGGCGGUUUUCUGGGCGUCGAUAUUUGCCUCGUCCCUGGUCAUGGUCGGCUAUGAUUCAGGUUUAAUUUAUACCUUCUACGCCCUGCCAGCAUUUGUCCAGAAAUACGGCACAAACUAUGGAGGCGACAUCGGCUACGAGGUUUCCGCCAAAUGGCAGAAUGUCCUCGGCAUGGGAACGCCCGUAGGUCAGUUCCUUGGAGCUUUUACCGCUUCGUGGCCGAUGGAAAGAUGGGGCCGAAAGAAAGUCUUCUGGGGGUCUCUCUUUUUCAGUACCGCCUUCAUCUUUCUCCAGAUGUUUGCAAACAACAUCCACACCCUGGCAGCUGGAGAGUUUCUUGCGGGCAUUCUCUAUGGCACCUACGUCGUUCUAGCACCGACAUAUGCGUCCGAGGUGUGUCCCUUGGCACUUCGCGGUAUCCUGAACGCUGGCAUGAACCUCGCUUACGUUAUUGGACAAUUCAUUGCUUCGGGAGUUGGCAAGGGCUUCUCUGAAAGACUUGACCAGUGGGCAUACCGCGUACCUUUCGCAAUUCAAUGGCUAUGGAUCCCGAUUCUUGCUCUUGGACUCUUCUUCGCUCCGGAGAGUCCUUGGUGGCUCGUGCGCAAAGGCCGCAUCGACGAGGCCGAAAAGGCGUUGCGCCGACUUGCGAGAGAGUCGCCCAAGGUCGACAUUAAAGCUACGCUUGCAAACAUUGAGGCGACUACAAUGCACGAAAUCGAGGUGGAAAAGGACACAACCUUCAUUGAAUGCUUCCGUGCGUCAAGCCGUGCUCGCACAGAGGUCGCCAUCAUGGUCCAGAUCUUCCAAGUCAUCACCGGCAUUUCCCUGAUAGGAUACGCGGUCUACUUCUUUACCUUGGCUGGCCUGCCCACCAGUGCUUCUUUCGACAUGGGUGUCGGCAACACUGCUAUCGGUUUCGUCGCCACUUGCUGCUCCUGGGUCUUUAUGUCCUACUUCGGCAGACGGACAAUCUACAUGUUUGGCGUGGCGAUGAUGGCCGUGUCUCUCUUCAUCAUCGGCAUCCUGGACUGUGUUCCGCAUUACACCGAACACAAAGGUCUGGCUUGGGCACAAGCCGCCUUGCUCGACAUCCUGACCUUCCUGUUCCAGGGCACGGUCGGACCCAUCAACUUUGUCAUCUUUGCCGAGAUCGGCGCAACGCGUCUGCGGUCGCAGACAGUCGCUCUGGCCACGAGCAGUGGCUCCAUCGCACAGAUCGUCAUGACAGUGGUGGUGCCGUACAUGCUCAAUGCGUCCUCGGGCAACUGGAGGGGCAAGACCGGGUUCUUCUUUGGCGGCCUCAGCACCAUUGCCACGAUCUGGUGUUACUUCCGCCUGCCCGAGACGAAGGGUCGCACGUACGAGGAACUGGACUAUAUGUUCGAGGCGGGUGUUCCUGCGAGGAAAUUCAAGGACUUUGAGAUCUCGGAGGCGCGAGAGGCGGAUGUUUAA